GGUCACACUAAUCGUAGCGAGUUUCUGUAAAAUAAAAUAGGAAAUGUGAGAAAUGACAACAAAACAAGAAAUGGAGAAAAUAUGCCGAGCUUGCCUGAAAAGAAAUGGACAAUUGUUGAAUAUAUUCGAUGUUUCCCAGACAUCAGGAAUUUCCAUAGCGGAUAUGAUAUCUGAAUGUACUGGGUUUCCAGUUCAGAGAGGGGAUUCACUUCCCGAAGUGAUUUGCCCUCCUUGUCUUCAGGAUGCACAGAAUUCCUUUGAGAUUAAACAAACGUAUGAAAGGAGCUACCAGCUUUUCUGCAAAGUGAAGAAUGCAUCUACCACAGAACAAAUUUUGGAAGAAAAUAUUACCAUAGACCGCGGCGAGAUAGUGAAACAAGAAGACACUGAGGAGGAGUUUUUGGACGAAGACAAUGGAUUGCCCAGAAGUUCACAUUUUAAGGGAUUGGACUUCUGGGAAAAACCUGAUUAUCACCAUGAACCAUUGAGGGGUGAGGACUUUCACAAUCUCCAGAAGAAAGACUUAGUCGAAACUUCCCAUUGUAAGAGGCAGAGGUCGAAUUAUGUAGAGGAACACAAUCAUUUGGAUGACCAAGUGCGGAAGCAAGCAAUUGAGAAGGAGUUUGUGAACAAAAUAUUGUGUCAAGUGAAGGGAGAAACCAUUGAGGAGGAGUUCCUGGACAUAGACGAAGAAUUGAGCCAAAGUUUUGAUUCUGAAAGCCAGCGAUUGACUGGUUACGAUAAUCAAGACCUCGAGAAACCACAUUUGAGUAGGGGGAAAGCUGAAAAACAUUUAGAAAGAAUUAAGGAAUCCAUUAACGAUAAUAUUCAUGUAAGGACCGAUCCCAUUUAUAAUGGUUACUUGGAAGAAGAUAUUACAGAUGAUCAAUUCACUUAUCAAGCCAAUACUAAAAGAUCCAGAAGACGAGCCCCCUCUUACCCCUUCAAAUGUUCGUACUGCCCCAAGACCUGCACCUACCUAUCAAAAUUUAGGAUACACCUUCAAACUCAUACAAAGGAACGGCCGAACCAUUGUCCAUAUUGUCCAAAAACAUUUGCUUCUCUAUAUAAUCUUAACCAACACCUAAGAACUCAUAAUGGCGGUCUUUUCGAAUGCCCGCAUUGUUUUAAGCGCUAUCCCCAUAAGUCUACUCUGAAGAUCCACAUCCUAACUCACAACAAGGGAACACGAAAAUACAAGUGCUUGUAUUGCUCAAAAAGUUUCUCAAUUUUAGAAAAUUAUGAAUUGCACAAUUUAAUGCAUACUGGCGAGCAACCGAAAAAGUGUCCCCAUUGUCCAAAGGCUUUUAGUCGAAAUUCUGUUCUUACAAAACAUUUUCUUACUCACAGGCAAGAAAGCCCACACCAAUGUUCCUUUUGCCAGUUGUACUUCAAAAAUGGGAAAUACCUUAGCAAUCAUAUUAGAACCCAUACCGGUAAACGGCCUUUUCAACUGUUUCUGUCUAAAGAUCGUCAAAGUUAACCCAAAUGCUUAAAAAAUGUAUAAAAUUAAGUGAAUCUGUAUAGUUGUACGUUGAGGUGUUAUACCUUUGCAGAGGGUAUUAAAAUUUUUGUCAGAAGUUUGCACCGCAGUGAAUGAGACAUUUCCGACCCUAUAAAGUAUACAUUUUUUUUGAUGCUGAGCAUCCGCCAUGUCCGUCAGUUUCUACGCAAACUAGUUUCUCCAACUUUCCAAAAGUUGUGCUUCUGUUUUUUUAAUUUAUUUUGUAGAUCUUUGAGAUAUAGUCAUGGUUUAUUAUUUCAGAAUUACAGUUUAAAUUUGGACCAAAUCCGAAUAUUAAAAAAAACAUUUCUUUUCUUAAAUGUUGAGUUCUUUUUUUAAAAUUUCUUUGGAUACAGUAAUGACUUAAUUUAGCUGAAAAUCAUCAUAGCUUCAAUGUUUUUUUAACAUAUACGCAUAUA